AUGCUCUACCGUAUGACAGACCAACUGGAGUCGGGACCGUAUCUCGGUCACUCAGCUGAUCUGGCAUGGCAACUCCUUUUUGCCUGCGGCUCAAUUAUCGUAGCCACAAUUCCUAUCAAAACAUACAUAUUCUUUCGGCCUCUGCUCGUUUGCCUCGCCUAUCUUUCCUCCGCCCUCGCACCCCCAGGCGCACAAACCUCUCUCAUGGGUCUCCUCACCGUUCCCAUCAAGUAUUUCCCAUACGUUAUGAUUGGCAUGGACCUCCUCAUGGCAGGACCCGCGGCUGCAGCGCAGUCUGUGGCGGGUGCGGUUGUUGGACAUGCAUGGUGGUGGAGUGUAUGGGGCGUGGGGCUCGGGUCGCAGGGUGUAUUGGCGAACGCUGCACAAGCUCCACAGUGGUUGAGAAAUCUUCUGGGCGAAGGGAGGGCUCCACGACCGCCACCGAACGCCGGAGGUGUAGCAGCCGGACUGGCUGCUGGAGGAGUACAAGUGAUACCUCCACGGAGACCAGCUCCAUCUACAAGCGGCGGAGGCCAUCAGUGGGGACAAGGACAUCGAUUGGGUGGCUGA